CCGGGGAAGUCCCGGUGGCCCUUCCUCUACCCCGGCUGCCUGCUGCAGCCGCCCUGGCUUCAGUCGGGGGCUGUGGGCACCCACGGGGCAGCCAGGCCGCCCCCUCCCUGCGCGCCCGCUCCCUGGAGGUGCCCGGCGCUGCAGGGGGCACCUGCUGAGGCCAUGAGCUCGCAAAAGGGCCGAACGGGGUUUGGCUGGUGACCUCUCGCCCACACGGGGGGCAAAGGACCCAGGAGACCGAGCGGCGUUUGGCUGGUGACCCCCCCUCACGCCCACCCCGGGGGCACAGGACCCAGGAGACCGAGCCGGUUGGGCUGGCGACCCCUCCCCCACUGUGGGGGCAAGGACCCCGGCGCCCGAGGAAUGGCGGAGGAGAUGCCCGUGGACCUGAGGACGUGGCGGAAGGGGGACAGCCCUGAGUGCCAGGGGAGCGGGGUUCCCCGUCCCAAAGACCCCGGGGGGCAGCGGGCUCCUCAGGGCAGCCGGCCAUUCCCUGCACCCUGGCCCGGCGCCCCGGGGGGGCCAAGGACUCCUCCCCCCCACCUCGGGGCGCCGAGUCCGGGGCCCCCCGACGAGGGGGGCAGGAAAGCAGAGACCUCGCUGCCCCUGCGCAAACGCCGCUACGCAGUGCGGGGACCGGGCUGGGAGCGGCCGGGGCCCCCGGCCGGGAAGGUGCCCAAGACGGAGAGCGACGGGGGGCAGGAGGGCGCCUCCGGGGGGCAGCAUCCCCCCUUCUGCAACGGCUACUGCCCCCCCUACGUGGCUGUGGAGUACGCCCGCCUGCCAGCUCCCUACCUCAUAGGUCUGACCGGACCCUUCCUGGUCCCGGAGCGGGCCCCCUUCUUCCACCCUGUGGCCCCCCACCCCCUACUGCCGGCCCCUCUGCUGGGGCGCCCCGCCACUCCCUACCCCCUUCUCUGCCCCCUGCAGACACAGAUAGCUGCUGACAUCGCUACGGCGACCAAGCAGGACGAGGAUGGAGACACGGCUCUGCACAUCGCUGUGGCCCAGGGGAACCUGCCCGUUGCCCAGCGCCUGGUCAGCCUCUUCCUGCAGGGUCAGCGGGACCUGGACGUUUACAACAACCUGCGGCAGACUCCCUUGCACCUGGCGGUGAUCACCACCCAGCCAUCCCUGGUGAAGCUGCUGCUCUCGCACGGGGCGUCCCCGAUGGCACUGGACCGACACGGACAAACGUCGGUGCACCUGGCCUGCGAGCACGGCAGCCCCCGAUGCCUGCGUGAGCUGCUAGAGUGGGGCAGCAGCCGACCUGAGCUGGAGGCCCGGAACUACGAGGGUCUCACCCCCCUGCACGUCUCUGUGGCCACCUCGAACCGGGACACGGUGCUGCUGCUGCUGGAGCACGGGGCGGACAUCGAUGCUGUGGACAUCAAGAGCGGCCGCUCCCCCUUGCUCCAUGCCGUGGAGAACAACAGCCUGGACAUGGUGGAGCUGCUAAUACAGAAUGGGGCAAAUGUCAACGCGCAGUCGUAUGCGGGGUGCACGGCGCUGCACGUAGCCAGUGGGCGGGGGCUGCUGGACGCCCUGCGGCUGCUGGUGCGGAACGGGGCCGACUGCGGGAUCAAGAACUAUCACAACGACACGGCGCUCAUGGUGGCCAAGAACCGGCGGGUGAUUGACAUCCUGAGGGGAAAGGCCUCCCGGCCUCCCCCAGCCUCCGACUGUACCCGGGACGGGGCCUCCCCGGCACCCAGUUCAGCCAGCUCCCCUGGCGCCCGCCUGACCCCCAAUGGUCUGCCCAGCGCCUCCCCUGGCUCCCCACCGUCUGCCCCAAGCCCUCCGCACACCCCAGGAGCCUGCAGAACUGCCCCAACCAAUCAGAGACCAGAAACUGCUGAGCCAGCCAAUGGGGCAUCAACACCAGGCCCCCUCCAUGGGGUGAAGCUGGAGGGAAACAUGCCCCCGCCCACCCUGGGGCAGCCAAUGGGCUCUGCCACUGCCCCCAAGCCCUUUCUGCGAUUGGCCGAAAGCCUGCUGGAGCCUGCCCUCCAUGGUGCCAUCUACCCAAUUGCGUCUCCUGGCCAGGACACCUCAACCAAUCACCUCUCGCUGCUGCCUGGCGCCUUUCACCCGUCCAUUGUCCAGGGGCUGCCACCCAAUCGGAUUCACCUGAGAGGUGUUGGGCUGGACCAGUCACGGACUCCGUGUGGGGCAGGGAGCCCACCCGCGGGUGUGGCCGAGGGGCAGUGGCUUCGCAGCAGGGACAGCGGGGGCAGCUGACAGCGGAGUCCUGGGGGCAGCCGCCCCUCCCAACCCAGGGACCCCAGGGGACUCGCCCUGGGGAUGUAGCACUGGGAUGACUGGCUCCUAGAGGACCCUGUGUCUCUGUUCCUGAGGGACCCAGGCAUCCGGGCCUCCUGGGGGGACCCCCACGGCCAGCGACAGCUGCCUACUCUCCUAUGGGACCCAGGAGUCCGGGCAUCACCCCGUGUUCCUGUGAGACCCAGGUGUCUGGCUGUCUCCAUGGAGGGGGAACCCAUAUGCUCCUAUGGGGCCAAGCGGCCUGGCCAGCUCCGUGCCCGGGUCAAGGCCUGAAGAGAGGAGUGUCCGACAGGCCCCCUUGCAUUCGCCUCCCCCCGCCUGGGGUGGGGGAAGGGGGCAGUGUCUCCUCUUUCUGCCCCCCCCCCCGGGAGCCAGCACAGGGUGGCGCUGCCAGGACCCCUGCCCCAAAACGGGGCCAGAGCCACAAGCAGCCCCUGGGGAGGUCGCAGCUAAAGCCGGGAUGGAGUCAGCGGAACUCAGCUGGGGGGAACCUGGGGGGGGGGAUUGGCUGCACUGAGACUGGACUCGCAGGGGCCCUGUAUGCCCCCCGAAAGGCUGCUGGGAGCUAAGCCCAGCCCCCACCCCCCAUUCACUAGCAUUAACCCUCCUGCUCCCAGGCUGCCCCCUCGGUGCUCUCCUGGAUGCAGAAGCAGGUGGGUGGGGGAUCCGGCCCCCCCACCUCAGAGUUGCCGCCAGUCACUGAUACUUGAAUCUCCUGGGGUGGGGGGGGUGUUGUGGUUUGGGGGUAACUUAUGAGGGUCUUUUCUAAGCCGCUAAUAAAAUAUUUUUUGUAUUUUUUA